ACAGAUUUGAUCAGAGCAGUGUUAACAGCUAGCCAGCAACCAGUUCACUUGACAGCUUGAGUGAAUUAACGCUAACUGGACCAUCGGCAAGGACUCGACAGUCGACCCGUCAUUGGUGUUUUACACUGAGCCGCCUCACAUUUCGAAGUGGGGGUGUUGUGGGGAAGCCACGUGUACAGGAACUGGAAUCUGACAGCUUGCCUGACUGGAGCCACCGCAGGUCCGUCUGGCUAGGAAGUCCAGCUAACAUUAGCCAGCUGGUACUUAUUCUGCAGCUAGCACAGCUCUAAUUUCCAAAGUCGUUUGAACUUCCCCACAGCGUCGUUUCCAGUCUGCCCUUGACAGAGACAAUCAUGGCUGUUUGGAGAAAAUUGUGGUGCAGAAACCUCUUGGCUGUUUCUCUGCUUGUCUGUAUCCUGCUCCACACCAUGGAUGUUCAUGCACGGCCAGCCAACAUGUCAGCCUCUAAAGAUAAGACUCCACCCAGCAAGGACGAGAACGAGAUUCUUCCCCCAGACCACCUGAAUGGGGUAAAGAUGGAGAUGGAUGGCCACCUCAAUAAGGACUUCCAUCAGGAGGUUUUCCUGGGUAAAGAGAUGGAGGAGUUUGAGGAGGACUCGGAGCCAAGGAGAAACAGGAAGAAGCUUAUUGAGAUUUUCACCAAAGUUGAUUUCAACAAGGACAGGAGUGUUAGCGCCAAGGAGAUGCAGCGCUGGAUUAUGGAGAAGACAGAGGAGCACUUUCAGGAGGCCAUGGUGGAGAACAAGAACAGUUUCCGUGCUGUUGACCCAGACGGCGACGGUCACGUGACAUGGGAUGAAUACAGAGUCAAAUUUCUGGCCAGCAAAGGUUUCAAUGAAAAGGAAAUUGCUGAGAAAAUAAAGAAUAAUGAAGAUCUGAAACUGGAUGAGGAAACACAGGAGGUUUUGGAAAGCCUGAAGGACCGCUGGUUUCAGGCUGACAACCCCCCAGCAGACCAGCUGCUGAAUGAGCAGGAGUUCCUGUCUUUCCUUCAUCCGGAGCACAGCAGAGGCAUGCUCAAAUACAUGGUCAAGGAGAUUGUGCGCGACUUAGAUCAGGAUGGUGAUAAGAAGCUGACACUGUCGGAGUUCAUCUCUUUACCCGUGGGCACCGUGGAGAACCAGCAGGCUCAGGACAUUGAUGACGACUGGGUUCGAGAGAGGAAGAAGGAGUUUGAGGAAGUCAUUGAUUCAGACCGUGAUGGCAUUGUAACGAUGGAGGAACUGGAGGAGUACAUGGACCCGAUGAAUGAGCACAACGCUCUGAACGAGGCCAAGCAGAUGAUUGCCGUCGCAGAUGAAAACCAGAAUCACAAUUUGGAGCUGGACGAGAUUCUCAAGUAUAGCGAAUACUUCACGGGCAGCAAGCUCAUGGAUUACGCCAGAAAUGUUCACGAGGAGUUCUGAAGACAAAUGCAUCCUUCCCCCUCUCAUCCUAAAUCUGCUUCAGGGACAAGCCUGGGGGGGGGGGGCAACCUAACGAUAGGAUGAUCUAGUGUGCAAUUCUGUGUUUGAAAGCCUAGCCUUGACGGCCUCUUUCACUGCUGUCUAAAAUUAAUACAUCCUCCCUUCAGCCCGGGACUGUCUGCCAGCAUGGUCUGCCUUCUGUGUGCCAUUGAACUGUUUGACUUUUUAAAUGUUGGGCUUUCCCAUAAAUUUGAGGCACCGCAGCAACUCCAAAUUAAUAUUUGUGUUUAUAUUGUGAAAUGUGUGUAUAUGAGGAAUUUUAACCCUGACUAGAUUUUUCUGUUCCUGGUACAGUGGUGAGAGAGACUGCGCAGCUAGGCGAGCUAUUUGUUCUGCAGGAUCUGUUGUUUUUAGCUGCCGAGUCUGUAUACAGUGUAAAUAUUCAUUGUCAUGUACCAAUGCCUCUGUCAGAGAGAAAAGCUGAUUAAAAUAAAUAUAAUGCUGCUGAAAGGAACAACCCUUAUAGAGAUAUCAUUAUGAAAAGAGUUUAUUGUUGACGCACAUAGUACUUGUUACCGCUUCAUUCCCCCAAAUUCAAAAGGUGAUUUUUGUCAUUAGUGGUGUACAAUUCCACUAGUUUCCAUAAUAGAUAGUAUCCGUCCUUCUGCUUAUAAACAGGGUAUUGAUUGUGUAAAAACAAAUAAUAGUAUAACUAAAAACCUGCCUCAGUAACAUACAGUAAUCCUACUUAGCACAGACUUUCAUUAAUAAUGUAUUGUCAGAGUAAUAAAAACUUGAGCAAAGAGAUUCAUAUGAAUGACUGUGCCUUUUUCACAGCAGACAUAUUGACUUAUUGAAGGAAAAGCACAGGUGUAACUGAUAACAUUAAUGAUAUUAUUAACAUAAUUACUUUCACCUGUGUUUAUCAGGUCAAAAUGUCUCCUCCGGGAAAGGCCUAUUGUUUUGUUCUUGACUAAAAGCAAUCCAAUUCAUGCUCUUGUUAAGAUGGUGGAUAAAGAGGAUCUUAUUUAUUUGAUCAAUAUAAUUUGUGUCAGCUGUAUCUUAGAACAUCACACAGGUUUGUACAAUUUUUGCUUUAUUGCCGUCUAGGAUGCUCUUAUGGUAGGAGGCUGGUCAUGGAGUCCUUGUCUUGGUUAACAAAGGAUGGAUAACUCACUCUUCAUCAUGUUUACCUGUUAAAAUUUGAAUGCUCUUUGUUAAUCUGUACAAUUCCACCUGUACCUUGUUUUCAAAUGCAUGGACAAACAAUGGCAUUACAUUUCUCCAUUUUAUUUUUAUUUUAUAUAUUUUUUUGAAUUUUUCAAUGACCUGUGUUGUUUUCAGAUCCUGCUACACUACAGGCUUCUCCCUCUCUCUGUGCUUCCUGUUUUGAUUGUAAGAUAAGAUUUAUGAUAACAGAAUGUGACACAGCUUUAUAAAAUGUAUUGCAAAUAUACUGGUAAACAAUAAAUAUUUCUUAUAAAUGCAA